CCGGCUGUGAGCAAAGGUUCUGGGCGGGGCUGGACUGUUCUAAGUGAGUUCGGGUUGGGGGGCUUCACGAGGGGAGGCUGCCGUGUGAAGGAACCGCCUUUCUCUCCGCGGGUCUCACCCUUUUCUCCCCGUAUCUGUUUGGACAUGAGUUGAGCGCACAGUCGCGGACGGUCAGCCCUGUUCGCAGCUAUGGCGAGGAGGGGCGGGAUUGCUCCGUGUUGCCGCUCCGCUCAGUGGCCGCGUCCAUUCCGCGCGGUGUCCGGAUUUUAGGGGUAGGGAGAAGUGUCAGCUUCAGGCCUCGCGAGGCGUGGCGGCCCAUGGCCCCGCUGGGAGGCGCCCCGCGGCUGGUGCUGCUGUUCAGCGGCAAGAGGAAAUCCGGGAAAGACUUCGUGACCGAGGCGCUGCAGAGCAGACUCGGAGCUGAUGUCUGUGCUGUUCUGCGGCUCUCUGGUCCACUCAAGGAGCAGUAUGCUCAGGAGCAUGGCUUGAACUUCCAGAGACUCCUGGACGCCAGCACCUACAAGGAGGCCUUUCGAAAGGACAUGAUCCGCUGGGGAGAGGAGAAACGCCAGGCUGACCCAGGCUUCUUUUGCAGGAAGAUUGUGGAGGGCAUCUCUCAGCCCAUCUGGUUGGUGAGUGACACACGGAGAGUGUCUGACAUCCAGUGGUUUCGAGAGGCCUAUGGGGCCAUGACGCAGACUGUCCGCGUCGUAGCGUUGGAGCAGAGCCGACAGCAGCGGGGCUGGGUGUUCACGCCAGGGGUGGACGACGCUGAGUCAGAAUGUGGCCUGGACAACUUUGGGGGCUUUGACUGGGUCAUCGAGAACCAUGGAGAUGAACAGCGCCUGGAGGAGCAGUUGGAGAACCUGAUAGAAUUUAUCCGCUCCAGACUGUAGUCGCUAGGUUCUAGGAGUCAGCUGGGGCCUGCUGCGGUGGGAGUGGGGCUGACUCUGCAAGAUGAGGGGUCCCCUGAUCCUGGCCAAGGUGAGGAACAGACAGAGGGGGGUCUAGAUUCUGAGGGUGUUGGUGGAUGUUGGGCAAGGCAGGAAACUUCUGGAGACCUCAUUUUCUCCAUGGGGAAGACAGCCAUGCUCUUCAGGAGGAGACUCCAAGGGCAAAGGAGGGUGACUUGGCUGUGCUUGAAGGAGAAACCCUGCUGUCUCCCCAGCGCCAGUCCCCUCAGCCUGUGGCAGCCUUGCAUCCCGACUGGAUGUUCUCAGCCCCUUGUUCUGGGCAAGAACCCAGGGCUCCCCAGUGUGGAUACUAAUAAACCUCUUUGGAGCACACUC